AUGGGGCGCGGGCGCCCGGGCGCGGCGGCAGCAGCCCUGCUGGCCGCGGCGGUGGGUGGUCGGCCCGCUGCGGCGCAGGGGCACUGGAUCGUGCAGCACUUCACGGAGCUGAUGAACUGCCGGAUGUUCAGCGUUGGCUCGGCGCUGCGAGACAUACUGCUGCCCUACGGGGUGGCGGACCCGGUGGCUGCCCUGUUUUGCCCGCUCGGCACCAGUGCAGCACUGCACCAGAUGGCCGCGCUCUGUCUGGAGCUGCUGGGGGCGCGCUGUGUGCAGCGCGCCCUGCGGCUGCUGCAUCUGGCCAAGCUCUUUAUGCUCUUCAAUUUCAACGACUACGGCGCCUGGUUUCAGCACUCUCGCUGGCAGACGGACAUGUCGCGCCUGUCGUCGGAGGCGCAGGAGCUCGCGAAGCUGGCGAAGGCAGAGGCGGGUCCAGGAGCCGCAGUUGCGGUGUUGCCUCCGGUCGCUUUCCGGGACGAGACUUGGCGCAUAGGCUUGGUCUCGUAUUGCAACUACAAUGACAGCCAGAGCCCUGAGGCGUCCAUGCUGAUCGCAGAGGACGGGAUGAUGCUGAACAGUGGAUCGUUUCUGCUGCGCAACAACGAGUGGAGCUCCGACUUCUUGACGCGGACCGUCGACCUCCUGUCGGCGCCGAUGCCGCAGUCGUUCCAGCACAUGCCCUGGCACGAGCAGGCGCCUCUGAUGUAUCUGUCGCUGGUGCCCGGGGUCCUCGCCGGGCUGGCCGGGCCCGAGGGCGGGCCGCCAGAGGGCGACGGGCCUCUGGCGGCGGGCUACGACCCGCGCGUGGCGCUGCUGAGGCAGCGCGCCCUGAACUCGUACCCGCCUGAGCUGGUGCGGAGGACGGAGCACGCGCUGCCCCACGAGGCGUACGAGGAGGGCGACCUCGCCAUGUACUCGCGUUACUGCCAGGCCUCCCUCGAGCGGCUCCGCGCCUCGGGCACGGCGAGCUGA